AUGACAAAUAGAAGUUCCAAAAGAGAAAUCGUUUUUAGUGACUUGAGCAAACACUUCAUCGUGGUUGAUGGGAUAAAAUACGGGGCUGAUUUUGUGCUGUAUAAAGAUACCACUGAUCAUGAGCAUGGUUUUGCUCUCAUCUUUAUAAAAGAAGAGAAUACUACAUUAAAUCAUAAAGAGAAAAUUAUAAUUAGUAGAAUAUGCGAAAGUGUUAAAAAGAAAGGUAUAAUUGCUUAUUUUAAUGAAAACACCAAUACCGUAAGAUACGAGGAAAUUCUAAGAAAAAAGGAGUAA